ACACACUAAGUUAGGUAAACAACGGUCAACUCUUCACGUUGUUGACUUGGGGUGUUAGCGCUACGUGAUCGGAAUUGUUAUUGAUUGCUUCGAGAUGACAUUCGCGGUUGUUUUAUUGCUGUUCGCCUGCUUAUCGUAUCACGCUGUUGCAAAAAUUGAUGUGAACCACGACAGACACGUGGACAAGGGCGAGAAGCACAAAGUGGUAGCGCACAAGCAGCACGAGCCCGUCGACCAUCGGAAAUUAUACUUAGAGGAGUUUCAAAGGAAACGACGAGAUCAACAUGGUGCUAUUGAAUCGAUCGUCAAUAUCGAAGAAUCUAAGAGGAGACAUUAUGUUGAAGAAGUAGUGAAAAGUGUCAAGAAGUUAUUGGAAGAAAAUCGCGAAACGUUGGAGAGAAUUGGUCAUCGUGCCACUGAUCCAUUCCCACACGACAGUGAAACGUUGCGAAGUGCUUUGUCAAAGGUUCUUGAGAAUAUUGCAUUCUUUGCCGAUUUGUCUGUGAGGUUUCCAUUUUUGGAGAAAACGAUAGAGAAGGAUCGCAAAUUGAAGACUGUGGUAGUUUGGGCCUAUAAUUACGCUGAAGAGAGCGGACUAUGUGAUAGUGCUACGAACAAAAUGCUGAAACUGAUGGCGCAGCAACACCAAAUAAUCCCGAGACCUGAAAACUUUGUUAAUCCUUACGACAAAGAUACAGCAAAGAAGAAGCUGGAAGAGCUGGAGCGAUUGGAGCGACAAAAACAAGCAGAGGAGAAAAGCCAUAAGAUAACGAAGGAAAAGAAGAAGCCAAAAACCGAGCUUUGAUCUAGUGACGUUGAACACCCACGCUUGAACUUUUGAAUAUUGCUAAAACGCGUACCAUUGACUUAAGUUGAUUCAGGGAAAUUCCAUUCACUUCCAUAAUGGUUGUCCUAGUACACAUGUACUCAUAUCAUAGGGUGCUUUGAAAUGUUGAAAUAAACAAUACGUCUC